AUGGCGCUGACAGGUAGCCCCCCGUUCGAGGCAGCUCAGCGGCAGGAGCUGUACUGGCACAUCCGGGCGGCCCGGUACCCACAGCCGGGCCAGCUCUCACCCCAUGCCCAGGCCCUCAUCGCCCACCUGCUGGCCCCCGAGCCUGCAGCACGGCCCAGCCUGCAGGACAUGGUGGACCAUGGCUUCUUCACGCAGGUGCGGGGCCGGUGCGGGGCACGGCCACGGUGGGGACGGGACAGGCAGUCACUGCCUCUCGCUCCCCAGGGCUUCACACCACACAGGCUGCCACCCCGCGCCUGCCACUCGGUGCCCAUCUUCGUGGGACAGGCCCUGCUGUGCAGACUGCGGCAGCGGUUGUGCCAGGAGCACCAGAAUCACGUGGGAGGACCGGGAUCACCGCGCUGCCACCCUGGAACACUGCCACCUCCCCCCCACGAAGGAGCAGGAUCUGAGCCAAGAAAACAUCCGCUUAGGAAAAUCUUUAUUAGUGCUAGGAACUGUCUAAAAUCCAGUCAUCGACACAAGCAGGGUGGGACGUGACCAUUGCGGACGGCACACACACACACCGGUUUGCCCUUGGAAAAGGUUAACAAAAAGAAGUAAAUGAAAGAACCAAACCUGAAA